GCUUUACCCUCCAAGUCAUCUGAAUUAAGCACUCCUGGUUUAAUUCUAAAAUAUGAUAAGUAGCCAGGAGCCGCUUCCUCUCUUGUCCUAGCAGAGCUCUAGGACUUACUCCAGUCUCAAGGGCUGUAAGAAACAACGUUGAAGGUUUGUGCCCAAUCCCAGCUCUCUUGCCCUCCAGCAACCCUGUUACAAAUUCCUUGCAAAAUGAAGUCCAAACAUGGCUUUUAUUAGGUGGGUGGGGGGCACAAAGGGACCUGCGCCCCUAGGAGUUGCCGGCGCCUCUGCUUUGAAGCCCCCAUUUUCACAAAACAAAAAAACGAGCGUCUUUUGGCCUUCUGUUCACACGCACGUGUGAGAAUUCAGGACCAAAAAAAAGGAGCGUCCCAAUCUGGGUCUCCAGCAUGUUGGAGGAUUAUGAGUACAGUGCUGUGUUGCCAACCAGUUUCUAGAAGCAAAUCAAACACUUUUUGCAGAGGGAUUGGUUUGCUUUUCUAUCAUUGGUUCUGGUUUCUUACAUGGUAUCUGUCCGGACGUAGAAAAGCAAAGCCGGCCCGCCAGCGUCGCAAGAGGAAGCACAGACGAAUGACGAUGACAGAGAUGGUGGUGCAUGCCUGGCAGAAGAUCCACCCGCACCUCGUCUUGCUGAGGGAGAUCAUCUACCACUUGACUCAGUCUUUCAUCUUUGACUUCAUAAUCUGCUCGGUGGUUGCCAUCAACACCUUAUUGCUGGUGGCUCAAACAUUUGCGGUGGUCGAAAUUCGGGGAGAAUGGUUCUUUUCUGCCAUGGAUCCUGCCUUCCUUUCUGUCUACGUGUUAGAGGCCGUCCUCAAGCUCAUUGCGUUGGGCUGCGAAUAUUUCCGCGACCCGUGGAAUGACAUUGAUUUCUUCAUUAUGUGCAUGACGGUGCUGGAUUUUCUGCUCCCCUUGCUCAUCUCCUCCAGACAAGGCAACCGUGGCAACAAACUCACGCUCUUCCGGGUCCUCAAAAUCUGCAAGGCUGUCCGUGCUAUCCGCGCCAUCCGCUUCUUGCUCACCCUCCGAGUGAUGCAGAACCUCAAGGAAGUCACAAGCACUUUUUUGCUUUCCUGCGAGUCCAUCGGAGCCAUUAUUCUCCUCAUGUUCUGUUUCCUCUUUAUGUCUUCCGUGGUGCUGCGUGACAUGUUCCAUGAAGCUGACGAAAAACACUUCGGAGACCUCUUCAACAGCAUCUUCACACUUUUCCAGCUCUUCACUUUGGAUGACUGGUCCCUCAUCUACCUUACCUGUCAAGAAGCAGGUGCCUGGUACAUCAUCAUCUUCCUGAUCGUCUACAUCCUUCUGGAGUACUUCUUGCUUCUCAACCUGGUGAUUGCGGUCCUGGUCGACAACUUCCAGAUGGCUUUGGUGAAGCGUCAAGAGCUCAAGAGGCAAAAGAAGUGGGUCGAACUGAAGGAGAGCAGUAUCGCAGAUGAUGUUUUUGGCAAAGCAGCAGCAGAUAAGCCCCAAGCAAAAGAGGAAAAGGAGGAGGAAUUAUUCAGACGGACAGUCAUGGGAAAAUAUGGCAGCCUUGAGUUGAUGGACAGGGAGUGGGAAUAUCUCUACUUCUACUUUCGACUAAUGACAGCAAUUGAGACAAACCAACAGCAGUUCCAGUCUCAGGCAUCCACCACUGACAAGAUCUUAGACACUUUCUUUGAGACAGCUGAACAUGAUUACCUUUCCAAAUGAAGAUGUUUUCAUGGUGUUCCCAAACUAGACUUCACCUGCUCCUGGAGGCUUCAGUUAAAGGGUCAAGAUAGCUUGACGUUUUAUUGAUUUCUCACUUGUUUUAUACAUUGUGUUAUGUUUAUUAAAUGACUUUUCAUCUC